AUGGGGGAAUUUGACGUCGUGAGGGAAGAGAGAAUUUUUGACGGCAAAAUUAUCUCGACGCUUAUCGCUUAUCGCUAUCAGUUCCUCCACGGCGGACACUUCGACCACAAUAACUGCCCAGUGACUGGCAAAAUGUCCGAAUAUUCAUUCAAUUCAUUGGAUUCGCAGAAUCCUACAGCUCGGUUGGUCUCUAGAGCGACCAGUAGACACCCAACGGCAAGGCCAACAACCACUGCCACCAGCGUCGCAUCCCAGGACAUCAUUUGCGCUGUUAGUGAAUCGCGGGGCGUCUCGUCCACUAUUGGCCUGGCUUUCAUUAACCUCGCAACGGCCGAAGCAGUGCUCUGUCAGAUAUGCGACAGUCAAACUUAUGUCAAGACAAUCGUCAAGAUUGGUGUCUUUGAGCCGAGCGAGAUCCUAUUUAUGAAUACCGCCAAGGAGUCCAAACUUUGCUCUAUCAUCCAAGAGAACUUACCAGACCCCAUCUUCACUUUCCUAGACCGCCGAUGGUGGUCCGAACAGACAGGCCACGAAUUUGUGGAACGGCUUUCCUUUCAGGAAGAGGUUGACUCGCUCAAAGUGACACUGGGCGGCAACUACUUUGCAGCUUGUUGCUUUGCAGCAGUCCUCAAGUAUGUCGAGGUUGAGCUUCAGCGAUCGUUCACCCCUCAUUCGCUACGGAUCAGAUUCGAGCCGUCUGAAGGAUCUAUGACAAUUGAUCUCGCAACCAUUGUAUCACUCGAGCUCAUCCAAAAUCUGCAGAAUGCCAAGUCCAAGGAGAGUCUGUUUGGUUUGCUCAAUGAGACACUGACGCCUAUGGGAGCCAGAUUGCUCCGGGCUAGCAUCCUCCAGCCUUCAACAGAACGAGUAAAGCUAACAGCAAGAUAUGAUGCCGUGGAAGAUCUCACUACCAAGGAAGAUAUGUUUGUUUCCGUUAGACAGGCUCUCAAAGGGUUCAUUGAUGCCGACAAGGUGUUGACUGCGAUCAUCCUGGUCCCUACCAAGCAAACGGUGCAAUACGUCGAGCAGUCAGUGAACAAUGUGAUCAUGCUCAAGACUUAUGUGUCUGCUAUAAAGACAAUCUUCCAGGCCCUGGCAACGGCACAAAGCACCCUGCUACGCACCAUACGCGAACUUUGUGCGCCAGAAGGUCACCGGACAAUCGAGGAGCUCAUCGAAACAACAUUGAACGAGCAUGUCACGUACCAGUCAAAGCCACUUGAUCUGAGAAACCAACGCAUCUACUGUGUGAAGGCCGGCGUCAAUAGCCUGCUUGAUGUUGCUCGUCAGACGUACAAGGAGGCCAACACCGAUGCCACGGAGCUGAUUGAGAAAUUAUCAGGCAAGCUCCAGUCAAGGCACUAUUACAUCUGCAUUCCGGCCAAAGAAAAAGGCCCACUGCCAGACAUUUUCAUCAAUGUGUAUCGCAACCGCAACCGCAUCGAAUGCCAGACACUUGAUCUUGUUAAGCUCAACCAGAAGAUUACCGAUUCGCACAGCGAAGUGAUCAAGAUGAGCAACCGUGCCAUCCAAGAACUGCUACGCGACGUAUGCAGCGAGAUUUCCGGCCUCUUUCGAGUAAGCGAAGCAAUUGCAAUGCUCGACAUGCUCGGCGCAUUCGCAAAACUAGCAACAAAGCACGAAUACAUCAGACCCGAGCUCACAGACACCCUUGCCAUCAAAGCAGGACGGCAUCCAAUCCGCGAGCAAAUUCAUUCCAGCAAGUUCGUCCCCAAUGACGCGUACGCCACACCUCAAACCCGAUUCCAGAUAAUAACAGGUUGCAACAUGAGCGGCAAAUCAACUUACAUCCGUUCUCUAGCACUGACGACCGUGAUGGCGCAGAUUGGCUCUUUCGUUCCAGCCCAGUAUGCCUCUUUCCCAGUUUCCCACCAGCUCUUCGCUCGCAUUGCAACAUCAGAUGAUUUAGACGCCAAUGUCUCGACCUUUGCCGCUGAGAUGCGCGAAAUGGCCUUCAUUCUGCGUAAUAUCCAGCCAUGCAGCAUGGUUAUAAUUGACGAACUUGGUCGCGGGACAAGCACUACAGACGGUCUCGCCAUUGCCAUCGCCUUAGCCGAAGCACUCAUCUCCAGCAAUGCACUUGUCUGGUUUGUUACGCACUUCCACGAUCUAGCUCAGAUCCUUGCUCAACGCAGUGGCGUUAUUAACCUCCAUCUUGCCGCUGAUAUCGCGUCCGAUACAUCCAAAAUGACAAUGCAGUACCGCAUCGCCGAGGGUCCAGUGCCUGAUCGUCGCUACGGAAUUGCUCUUGCGCAAGUCGCUGAUUUGCCUUCGGCUGUUUGGGCCAAGGCGCGAGAGGUGUCAGAAGCGAUGGAUCGAGUGGCUCGUCGACGGAAUAGUUCAUCCCGAGCCGUGGCUAUUGCUCAAAAGCGGAAGUUGCUUCUCUCACUCCGGGAACGACUACUUCUUGCUCGUCGGGAGACUAUGGAUGACUCGGCUCUUCGGACAUUGUUAAUUCAGUUGCAGAACGAUUUCGCCUUGCGCAUGACUGCUAUCAAUCGCGGUAUGGAGUUGAACGACAGCGACGGAAGUGAGUCGGAGUUUGCUUCUGAGCAUGAAUCUGAGCUGGCGGGUGAUGAACCAGAUCAUUCACAGCUGGUUUCAAACAGUUCACGUGCCAGUGUGGGUGCGCAUGCUUCUCGGGCGAGCAUCGACGUCUGGUCCGCGACGGAGUCUGGGCAUUGCGUCGAGGAUGAUAAGCAGCUGAUUUGA